AACAUUGGGAAAAGAAGGAAAUGGGGACAACGUACUACCAUGUCAGUGGGAAGACACACAUUAUUGAAAAUGGCCCUACUUUUUUUCACGAGCUGCCAACGUUCUACUACUAAAGAAUCUGAACAACUGACUGGUGACUUCACUUCUACCAAGCAAAACCCAAAGGAAAAAAAAAAACUAACAUGUCUUGCUGCUUCUCAUUUUUGCCACCAUUUUUACAAGCUUCAACUUACAUUAUUCUUCUCAUUGCUUUAACAUUCUCCUCAUUUUCAAACCAAGUUGCAUGUCAGUGUAGAAAUCCACCUGUUAUUUUUAAUUUUGGUGACUCUAACUCUGAUACGGGUGGACUUGUUGCCGGACUAGGGUACCCCAUUAACCUCCCUAAUGGCCGUACUUUCUUCCGCAGAUCAACUGGACGUCUCUCUGAUGGUCGCCUUAUUCUUGAUUUUCUCUGUCAAAGUGUUAACACACGGUUCCUGAGCCCAUAUCUAGACUCUAUGGGAUCCAAUUUCUUGAAUGGAGCAAAUUUUGCUAUAGCAGGAUCUCGUUUACUACCUAAGUAUGAACCGUUUGCAUUAAAUAUUCAAGUACUGCAGUUCCUUCGUUUCAAGGGUCGCUCAAUUGAACUUGUUAGUGCUGGGUCUGGAAAUUUAGUUAGUGAUGAAGGAUUCCGCAAUGCCCUUUUCAUGAUAGAUAUUGGACAAAAUGACCUUGCCGAUUCAUUUGCUAGGAACCUAUCUUACACGGAAGUAGUCAAGAUGAUCCCCUCCUUUGUCACAGAGAUCAGGAAUGCAAUUCAGGUCAUAUAUUCUCAAGGAGGGAGGAAAUUUUGGGUCCACAACACUGGGCCACUAGGAUGCCUGCCUCAAAAGCUUUCUCUGGUUCAGAAAGUUUCCUCUGAUCUCGAUUCACAUGGCUGUCUGGCAAACUACAACUCUGCUGCAAAACUGUUUAAUGAAGGGCUGCGACAUUUGUUGCAAGAGUUGAGAUCUGAAAUGAAGGAUACUACUAUUGUGUAUGUAGACAUAUAUGCUAUCAAAUAUGAUCUUAUAGCCAACUCCAGCAGCUACGGAUUCUCAAAUCCGUUAAUGGCAUGCUGUGGCUAUGGAGGUCCUCCAUACAACUACCGUAAAGGUGUGACAUGCGGUCAGCAUGCUUAUCAGGUUUGCAGUGAAGGGUCUGACUUCAUAAGCUGGGACGGAGUUCAUUAUACUGAGGCUGCUAACAGAGUUAUAGCCUCUAAGAUACUGUCAAUGGACUAUUCCACUCCACGAAUUGGCUUCGAUUUCUUUUGCCAUUGAUGUUCAUUUGCUAGAAUAAAGUGCAAGCAGUUAUCUUAGUUGCUUCAGAGAAAUGAUGAAAAAUCUGUAAGUUGGAAAAUAUAUUAAAAAAGAUACCAGUGUUGCCAAGGAUUCCCCAACACUAUUUAUUUCAGUCCACUUCUCCUUGUUAUUGUAGGCAUGUAUUAAUUUAUUUUGCAAGUGAUAUUGUGAUAUUAAAGCCUUCAAGUCUGUUUUUCCUA